UAAGAGAGCACAAUGUUUAUUUAUUUAUGAGAACUAUGAAUGCACAUUCCCAUUCUCCAUUUGCAUUGAGAACUAGCCAUGAUUAUAGCUACAAAAUUAACCUACACUUUCCUCACUCUUCUCAUGGUGAGCAAUCUAUUGAUAACUAGUAGUGCAAGUGAAUGUCCUCCAAUGCAUAAGCAGAAUUCAUCCAACUUAGAAGCCAUGAGGAAGAGGUUUGAAAGUUGGAGGAAACAACAUGACCGAAGAUAUGAGAAUCCUGAAGAAUGGCAAGUCCGUUUCAGCAUUUACCAAACAAAUCUUGAGUUUAUAGAAUGCAUAAACUCUCAAAACAACUCCUAUUAUCUCACAGACAACAAAUUUGCAGAUCUUACAAAUGAAGAGUUUAAAAGUAUUUAUCUGGGUUAUGGAAAAACUAGGUUGAGUUCAAAUGCAGGAGCAGGAUUAUUCAGGUAUCAUGGACACGGGGAUCUUCCGGAAAGUGUAGACUGGAGGAAGAAAGGAGCUGUAACUGGCAUCAAGGAUCAAGGCACUUGUGGAAGCUGUUGGGCAUUCUCUGCAGUGGCAGCAGUGGAAGGGAUCCACCAAAUAAAAUCAGGAAAGUUGAUAUCUCUGUCUGAACAAGAACUCAUAGACUGUGAUGUUGGAAAUGGUAACCAAGGCUGUGCAGGUGGCUUGAUGGAUACGGCCUUCACAUUCAUAAAAAAGAAUGGUGGGCUAACCACAGAGAGAGAUUAUCCUUAUAAAGGGAAAGAUGGCACCUGUAAUAAGGAAAAAGCAGCACAUCAUGCUGUCACUAUAAGUGGCCACAAAAAAGUACCUGCCAGUAAUGAGGCCAUGCUCAAAGCUGCAGCAGCUCAUCAACCUGUCUCUGUUGGUAUUGAUGCAGGAGGUUUUUUGUUCCAACUUUAUUCAGGAGGAGUUUUCUCUGGCUUUUGUGGGAAGGAACUAAAUCAUGCAGUGACGGUAGUUGGGUACGGAAGAGAAGUAAAUGGUCCAAAGUAUUGGCUUGUGAAGAAUUCAUGGGGUGCUGACUGGGGCGAAGCUGGUUAUAUGAAGAUACUGCGUGAUACUCAGGAUAAAGAUGGUACUUGUGGCAUUGCCAUGGUUGCUAGCUACCCUGUCCAAGAAUAAGUACUUUUAGUGUGUGUUUCAAAAUUUGAAAAGUGAUUGUAGCAAGCUUCUAGGAAUAACUUUUGUGUAAAGAAGAAAUGAUUCUGGUAGAUUUAACUAUGGGUCCAAAAUAUGCUGUAAGCUGAAUGACAUGCUAUAUGUAUGGUUGUACAAUGAAAGAUGUCAUCAAUUAAUAGUUAGUGACAAGAAUAACACUCUUUACAUUACAAGUCAAGUGAAAAGGGAAAUCACUCACUGAUAAUUCUGCACAAACAGAAAGAUGACGGGAAACUACACAAUUUCAUUUCAAGCGCUCAAAUAGCGCAAGAAUGGUUGGUAAUGGAUACCGAUAACCGUUGUGGAACAAUAAUCUUAAUUUCUAUGUAAUUAUCAUGAUCUGCUACACUUGCCAAA